UCACAACUUUGUGUUCCAUUUGGUUACCUGAUCCAAGAAACUCUGACUUGAGAAAUUUGCAGUGGCUAACAGGAAACUCAAGGAGAUUCUCGCAUUUGCACUCACUCGAGUCCUCUUCCUCGUUUUCAACUCUGACAUUUGUCAUCGAACACAACCUGUCAAUCUAGCAUCGGCACACUUGACACGCCCCCCACAAUGACCAAGAAAACCAUCCUCGUCACCGGUGCCACCGGCCAACAAGGCGGUGCCGUCAUUGACGCCCUCAUGGACCUCGACAAGUCCGGCGAGAAGUUCUCCAUCCUCGCCGUCACCCGCAAAGCCGACAGCCCUGCCGCCCUUGACCUCGUCAAGCGCUACCCGCGCGUCAAGCUGGUUGAAGGCAACCUCGAGAAUGUGCCGGCCCUCUUCGAGUCGGCCAAGAUCAUCGCAGGCGAUCAGCAACUCCCCAUCUGGGGCGUCUUUUCGGUUCAAGUCUCCAUGGGUCCCGGCGUGACCUUUGACGGUGAGGUCAAGCAAGGCAAGGCCCUCAUUGACGGAGCCAUUGCCAACGGUGUUCAGCACUUUGUGUACAGCUCUGUUGAACGCGGCGGCGAUGCCAGAAGCUGGGAGAACUCGACGCCUAUCCCGCACUUCCAGACCAAGAAGAUCAUUGAGGAUUAUCUGAAUGUGACGUGCGGCAAGCAGCCUGGAUCCAGGAUGGGCUGGACUAUUCUGAGGCCCGUGGCGUUCAUGGACAACCUCAAGCCCGGCAUGCCGACGAGCCUCUUCUUGACUGGGCUGAAGAACCACUUGGGAGAGAACAGGAAGUCUCUGCAGUGGAUUGCGGUGCACGAUAUCGGAGUCUUUGCAGCCAAGGUGUUUGACGCCCCGGAGGACUGGAAUCACACGGCGGUCGGGCUGGCGGGGGAUGAGUUGACGAUUGAGCAGCUCAGCAGGGCCUUCUCCAAGGCGACUGGGUAUCCGAUGCCGCUGACGUACUCGUUUGCCGGAAGUCUGUUGACCUUUGUUGCCAGGGAGCUUGGCUUGAUGAUUGGCUGGUUCGCGAGCGAGGGCUACAAGGCUGACAUUGAGGCGAGGAGGAGGGACCACCCGGGCAUGUUGACGAUGGAGCAGUGGUUGCUGACGAAGAGUCACUUUAGCACGGGGGUUGACGGCGCGCAGAUUGGAGCUUGAG